AAUUGUUAAUGUGCUUUUAUUUUUGUUGCUUUCAUGUUUGCUGAAUUUCCCCUAUUUGGUUUGUGCAAUCUGUGCGCUUUUCUUCUUCUUGAAUUUGUGUAGUCCUGCAAAUGCCCAGGCAGCUCCAAGGUGCUCAAAACCCGGUACGAUGACAGCGACCUGCUUGCGAUGUGCGGUGAGAGGAUUCAGGAUAUUCAGCCUCACAACAUUCAGAAGGUCCAAAUGGCCAAGAAGAUCCAGAAAAGCCCGGCGCCAGUCAAGGGCGCCAGUGGCCGGGCGCAGAUAUGGGAGUCCGAGUUCCGCAGGGUAAUGAUGUCGUACGUUAAUACCGACGGGGCAAAUGCCAGCAGUGCGCACACCACCGUCGUCAACCAGGGCGAGGCGUCGUCGGUGACAGGCUCGGUCGAUCUGAGCAAGGACAGCGCAAGCGACGUGCCGACUGUGGCUGACAACAUCGCAGACAUCAGCGAGCUGCGCGGCCACAAUGCCGUCAACGAUAGUGAUCAGGAAACGCAGUCGCUGCCGCCGCUUACAAUCAAGCCCUUGCCUCCGAUCAAGGGUACUUUGAUUGGCGAGGAGCUUUUGCAACGCCCGCAUAUCACGCAGAUGGUCGUUCUGCUCGAGGAGUCGCAUCGGCUGGUGCUGCAGGGCGGCGAGGACCUCCCGAUGGACUCUGGAGCGCCCAAAUAUGCUGGCAGCGCAGGAGGCAGAGUGCAUUAUUCUGCUUUAGGUCCAGCCUCUGCCGCUGUGGCGCCUAUUUCCAGUUCGUUGACAAGCCCCACACUAGCUGGCCGUGGCCGUGGCCGUGGUCGCGGGAGGGGGCGUGGUGGUCGUGGCAGCCGUGGAGGUCGUGGAAGUCGUGGUGGCCGCGGUAGCCGUGGUGGCCGUGGAAGAGGGCGGGGCAAUGGCCGUCGUCCGGGCCGGCCCCCAAACUCUGCCAGGAUGUCUCUAGCUAGAGUACCACUUGAUGAUUCGGCCGAUGAUACUGAUGAGGACUCUGCUGAGGAUUCUGCCGAUGAUUUUGGCAAGGACUCUGACGAUGAGCCAGCCGAUGAGCCAGCUGAGGAAUCAACUGAUGAGUUGAUGGAGGAGCCAACAGAAGAGCCAGCCAAUGAAUCGAUGGAUGAGCCCACUGAUGAGCCGGUCGAGGACUCAGCUGCGGAGCCAGCCAAGCCAAUUGGGGGUAUGGUUUUAUCCCAAACCAACGGCAUCACCAGCGCCAGCAUCAGCACCAGCAGCUCCGUCGAUUCGAUUGCACUGAUCGCGAUGGAGAUCGAGCGGGUGAUAAACGUCCACGGUCGGACUUGCAGCGUUGGCGACGAUGCUAGAGACGCGACUUCUAUGGCCGAGCUGAGGAUUCUGGCCGAUGUGCGGCAGCUUAGUCAGUUUGUGCAGAAGGCCCAGGAGUGGUGCCGUGCCGUGCAGGCGCUGCUGAUGAGCAUUGGAGAGCGUCGUUUGGUUGAGAGAAUUGUUGCCAGGCAGCAGUCGAUCUACUUGUAUUAUCGCGAGCAGCUGCAUUUGCGUUUCGACAAGCUGUUGAUCAGGGCCACCGAGUGCUAUAGUGGUGAGUUUGACGACAGCGAUGACGACGAUAGCAUUGGUGCUGGCGAUAUGUCCGUUGAGGGCUUGAAGCUAGGCGGACACUCACAGAAGCGCGUGUUGGCGUAUAAUACUGACAACAGCUCCAACGAUUCAACGAGUUCGAAAGAGGCCAGCGAUGACGAGGACGGUGACUUCCGGGUCCAAGGAAUACCAGGACGCACGAGGAGGCCCUACAAACGCCGCAAGCAAUCAACCACGCUGGGCCUUGCAGUGCCACACACAGAACCAACACCUAUAGAAACAUUGACCGCCCUCCCCAAGCGCAGAGGGCGCCCGCCUAAGGGGUCGACUCUACCGAUUGCUCAGCCCCUUUCGCCUCGGUACCAGCGUGCCCCACCGCCUUUGCCAGUGGGCACCCGUCAGGUCUCCGACUUGCCCCGGACUCGACGGGCAACCGCUCACGCAAAUUCGGGCAGCAGUAGCUAUCUACUGGGGCCGCCGAGGGACCCCUCUUUGCCCCCAGGCUCUGUAUUCAAGCACUCGUUAAUUUGGUAUUAUACUAAGGCACAGCUUGCGGCCUCUGUGCAGCGCGUGCUUGGCGUCAAGCCAGAGUUGGGCGUUGAAGAGCCUUAUCAAUACGGUGCAUACACGCUCGAGGACGUUUCUGAGCUCCUGCGCCUGGGCGACAAGCUGUACUUCAACUCGGCCGAGUUCGAGGUGCUCGUCGAAUACGAGGCGAACGCCCUGGAGUUACAAGCCACAAUCAAUAGCGUUAUUGAUGAUGCCCACCGGGUCAUCAACCGCAUGAACAAGCUGUUCGCUAGCAACUCUUACGAAUACGCUGAGAGCAUGGAUGUGUACAUGUCGCGGAUCCAGAAUACCGAGCGCGCGCUGAACACCAACGGGCUGCACUUCCCGAUGGCCGACAAACUCCGCAAGCUGCGAGAUGUGCCCAAGUGGUGCGAAAAGCACAAUGCGCUGCUUAAGGACAAGAAGUUGACACAUGAGUUGCUAGAUGAGGUGCUGGCUGAGGCCGAGCAGCUUGAGGUAAGCAUUAAGGUCGACCUACAUGCACAGUUGCUCAAGCUUAAAGCCGAUGCAGACGAGUGGGCAACCACGGCGGAGGCUCUUAUAGAUGGACGCCAGCAAUUCGAUCUGCGCGACGUGGGCAAGCUGCUAGAGAAGGGCCGCAACAUGCUGUUUUCUCCUGCCCAUUAUGCCGAGGUUGGCGAUCUGCAGCGGAAGGCCCUGACUCUGCAGUCGCGCACAGACAGGCUGGCUGAUUCCACUGAGAGCACGGAGCUGGUUCAACGUCCGCGCUAUGCCGAGGCUGUGGAGCUAGUCAAAGCAUGCAGGGACUUUGGGCGCUUUGAGCCGUCCAGCCUUGGGAAACUGCGGACAGAAAUCAGUCGUGUCGACGCGUGGGCCGCCGAGAUUGAGCACAUGUUCUCGCCCGUAGCCAAACAGCAAGGUGUGGCUGCGGAUGAGGUUCUCGCCCUGGUGCAGGCGCACUUGCGCCGGGCGACGCAAAUUGCGGAGAGCAAGCAGCCGCCAACUGACCUGUACUGCGUGUGUCUGCAGCCUGAGGGUGGCCUGAUGGUCGAGUGCGAGCAGUGCAGCGAGUGGUACCAUGCCAAAUGCGUUGGCCUCAAGACAGCGGAUGUCAGCGAUUGCCAGUUCUUUUGCCCGCUGUGCAGCGCUGGCGCAAAGGGCGAGCAGCCGCGGCUUUUGGCCGACUACCCGCACCUGAGCCACAUUGACCGCGCGGUGACUAGCUGUCGCACUCUGGGACUUGUUGCUGCCGAUCUCGAUCCACUGGUCACCAUCCUGCUCGACGCGCAGUCGCUUACCCAGGCGAUAAAGGACAUACUGCAGGGCAAAAAGAUUGUGGCUGUGGAUGAAGUGACGGAACCCAAGAAGGCUUUGCUGGUGAAGAUUGUGCGUGCGCUGCUCAUGUCGCUUCUGGGGCUCGGUAUCAACCUCAGGCACGGCAUCUUUGACGAUUUGUGGACUGAGUUGCAAGAGCUUGUGCCGAAAAACCAUGCUAUCGCCAUGGUAGAUGUUUCUAGAGACGUUUCUGCAGAUGCUCCUGUAACUGUUUCUGGAGCUGUUCCCGUAGACGUAUCGGCAGAUGCUCCUGAAACUGGCCCAGUGGAAACCAAGGUCCAGGCACUGCAACCGUCGGAGUCCCGUGUUAACGUUGUAGAAAGUAUGCCCUCCCCAGCGCCACUACCUGCCGAGGAGAUGCCUGCCCAGCAGAUCCCAGUAAAGGUUGAGGUUGACAAGGUAGCGCACCCGACCCCUGACACGGACGCCGACGCAGUAUAUAUUGAAAAUGGAGAGCUGAUGGGCGAAGAGGAGGAGAUGCGGAGCCAAGUGUCGAUUCCCAGGCACAUGAAAGAUCAGCUCGAGAAUCUGGUCCACUUGAUUCUAAAUCCCCCAGCCGGGGAGAUCGAGUUAGGUCAGGGCCUAGUGUCUGCUGGCGACGCGUUUGGCAGGGAUGCCGAGAACUGCGUAUGCAAUGUGCAUGGUACUGAGCUGUCCGAAGAUAUUGUCAACCCCGGCGACCCCAAGUGUGCCAGCGCACCAGUCAUUCAGUGUGACAACUGCCAGGAGUACUUCCACAUAAAAUGCGCCCAGGUCCCUGCCCCCGCUGCUCGCUUAAUUUUCCUGCAUCAGAUGCAGCGCUCUCUUAACGCCGACGUCGACGUCGAUAUGGAGCUCCCAGAUGGCCCGACUGACUAUGUGUGCCCGAACUGCUGCUUUGUGUCCGAGACAAUGUACCCGUACGGUGAACUGUUUUUCGAGUAAAUUUUGUUUGAUUUCUCUAUAUUAUUUUUUGCUGUUUAUUUUUUUGUUGAGAACUAAAAAAUAGUUAACAUGUAAAAAAA